AUGUCUUACGAGAUCGCGUAUUCGAUCGCAGACGACGGCCCGCAGCCAGUCUCGCGCACUUAUCAAUACCGCAAAGUGAUGAAGCCUAUGCUUGAGCGCAAAAGACGUGCUCGCAUCAAUCGCUGCCUUGACGAACUCAAAGAGUUGAUGGUCAGCGCUCUUCAAUCUGAAGGAGAAAAUGUUGCAAAAUUGGAGAAAGCCGAUAUUUUGGAAUUGACUGUUCGCCAUCUUCACAAGCUCCGUCGCCAGCGUCGCUUGUCGCUCAACCCGACAGUGGAUGCUGACCGUUUCCGUGCUGGAUUUACACAUGCUGCUAACGAAGUAUCCCGCUGCUUAGCGUCCAUUCCAGGAGUGGAUGUGAGGCUAGGAACUCAGUUGAUGACACAUUUGGGACACCGCCUCAACGACAUGCAGCGAGCAGCUGCGUCUGCUGACACUCCACCGGCCAGCCCGCCAAGCCCUGCUCUGUCUACUGCUUCCUCCACCUCAGGAUAUGUGACUCCAUCUCCACCAGCGUCACCCGUUCACAUGCACACAGCAACUCCUUUGGACUGCACCACCAACACCUUCACCAAGAGUCCUGCAGUGUGGCGGCCGUGGUAA